AUGCCCAUCCGCCCCGAAGACGUGCCCAAGCUGCCGGAGCAGGGCUGCACACAGCCCCUCUCCGACACGUCCGACUACCAGCGCUUCGACGAGAUGCUUGUCCACCUGACGCCGUUGGGGUGCACGGUCCCGUACAACGUCGUCUACGACGGGAACGGCGACUUGUGGGUGGCCAGCAAAGGCGGCCUGUUCAAGAUCUGCGGCAAGAAGCGGCAUCUACUGUGGGCCCGGAAGAACCCAUUCCCGAAGAAACAGGCCGCAUAUCCACAAGUCGCCAUCCACAACGACACAAUCAUCCACACCACCGCCGACGACAACGACAAGAUGACGGAGCUGAGGUUUUUCGAUUUGGAGGGCAACCAGAAGCACGAGCAGUUCAUCGACGGCCUCGUGCAGAGCCUGGCCGUGUCCCCCGACGGCACGAUGUACAUCAGCAAGCAGCCGCGCGGCGAGGAGUACUGUAUUUACAAGGCAUCGUUCGACGCUCCGCUCGGCUGGGACGAGCUGUGCGCCGACUUCGACAUGGCAUUCCAAGCCCUGUGCGCCUACGACGAUGGGCUGCUGAUCAGCGCCUGCGCCAAGGUCCCCGUCAACGUGUACAGCAAACAAUGCCUCAAGUGGAUCAACACCGAGACGGGCGCCGUCGUCAAGAAGGUCUCCUGCGAGGGCAAGAACGACUCGGAGAUAUUUUUCCCCCGAAAAAUUCAAAGGCACAACGACGACAUCAUCCUGGUGGACAAGACGGGGCGUUUCUUGAAGUUUGACAAGAGCGGCGAGUACAAGGGAUUGGCCGCCCAGAUUGAUGCCUAUCUCGCGAAUGGCUUCUGCAUCAAGGACGACGGGGCGGCGAUUGUUUGCAGCGGGAUUGUGCAGGAUGAUGCGAAACGAUCGGUGUGCGACGACUGGGUGGAGGUGAUCCCGCUCGACGGCAGCUCGUGGAAGGAUAGGAGAAGGGAA